CUGGGUCACAGUCCACGGUCACACUGUCUACUACGUAUUUUUUGUCGAUGUAAACGUUUAUAUAUUAAACUUAGCAGAUAAUACCGAUGGAUUCCAAACUAGAUAUGUUCGAGGACGUGAACACGUCGCCUUCAUUGGAGGGCGACAUGUCGAUUCCGGGCAAAAGAACCACAACUGCAACGUCCGCGAGCGGAGUGCCGGAAUACAAUACUCUGGAUGAGCCCAUCCGCGAGACAGUGCUGAGGGACAUUCGGGCCGUAGGCAUUAAGUUCUACCACGUCCUGUACCCCAAGGAGAAGUCCAGUCUGCUACGAGAUUGGGACCUUUGGGGUCCACUGGUGCUGUGCACCUUCAUGGCCACCAUACUACAAGGCUCCUCCACCGCCGACAGCAUGUCUGACAACGGACCCGAGUUCGCCCAGGUCUUCGUAAUCGUCUGGAUAGGUGCAGCCGUAGUCACACUCAACUCCAAGCUGCUGGGCGGCAAUAUCUCAUUCUUCCAAUCCGUCUGCGUGCUGGGCUACUGCCUUACGCCGGUGGCCAUUUCCCUAAUUGUGUGCCGGGUAAUCCUGCUUGCCACCCAAACGCGGCUGCUCUUCUUUCUGCGUUUUGUGACCACCACCAUAGGCUUUGCCUGGGCCACUUACGCUUCCUUUGUUUUCCUGGGUCAGAGCCAGCCUCCCCAUCGAAAACCGCUUGCCGUGUACCCCAUCUUUCUGUUCUUCUUCAUCAUCUCGUGGUUGGUUCUUUCCCACAAUUAGUCCAAUCUAUGACGCCUCGUUUAGUGAUUAGUUCGUAAAGAAAACAGUGCACGUUCCAUAGCGUAACCAAAAAAAAACCGAAAACAAUUGUACAUUUCUUUAAGCU